CUCUCUCGGCCCACCUCUUCUUCAGUUCGGUCCAAAAUAUCGGGCAACGACACGCGUGCGUCAUGUUCACGCUCGCAUCUUAUCGGUUGGUCAGUCGGUCGCCGUUGUCGACGUCCUCGCCGCCGCCGCUGUCGCCGCCGCGCUUCCGCAAUUGCGUAGCAAUGAGUCACUGUAAUAGUCACAUAUCCGUUGCCUAUUCAGUUGUGCACGAUAUAUUAUUCUAUUCGUGUGUACGUGCGCCACGCGUCUCUAGUGCAAGGUGGAAGCCUGCAUACGUCAACGUUGCGACAUGGUGUGAUCCACGGGCGUGUAUGUUUUUCGGCCUGUAGCUCGUCCGAGUUAACUUGUCUUUGAAAAAUGUGGCUAAAGGCCGAUUUCUAGGUUCUGUCGCUCAUAAACGAUGGAUCCGUCGAUGCAAGCUAGGGCCGAUAAUAACACAAGAGACAAUGGUAACAUCGAUAUUUAUAAUUGUGACGAGGGCGAUGAAGAAAGGCUGAUCAAACCAAGAAAUAAUUUCGCGUCGUAUUCCAAUGAGGAUAUCAACGUGCGAUUCCGGAAUGCCGCCGACGUUAACUUGGCAUGCAGCGACAUAGAGGCUAUCUCGGGUCAGUCCAAAAGGUUGUAUAUCAGGGAUAUAACUCCAGGGGCGACCAAUUUCAUAUCAACCAAUUACGAGAGUCUGGAUUAUGACCCAUGUGAAAAUUAUCUUCUACAAGAUGAAGAGAGGAAAAAAGGAUACAAGUUUAUCGUUAGAAAAAACUUUGCCAGGUGGUUUAUCUUUCUCUUGAUUGGCAUUUGUACAGCCCUCAUAGCGUGCUUUGUAGAUAUAUUGAUAGAGGAAUUAUCGAGCCUAAAGUAUGGUUGGCUUAAGAAAUAUGUGGACCACUGUGUGACAGGAGGUUGCUUAUGGGUACCAUACCUGAUGUGGUUAGUGCUAAAUAUAGUACCAGUUUUCAUAGGUGCCGUCUUAGUGUCCUAUGUCGAGCCUAUUGCAGCAGGGAGUGGUAUUCCACAAGUAAAAUGUUACUUGAACGGAGUCAAGAUACCACGAGUCGUACGUAUUAAAACCUUGGCUGUGAAAACUAUUGGUGUUAUAUGUACCGUAGUUGGAGGUCUAGCAGGAGGCAAGGAGGGUCCUAUGAUUCACUCCGGAGCCGUUGUAGCCGCGGGAAUUUCUCAGGGAAAAAGUACCACUUUUAAGAAGGACUUGAAAAUAUUCGAAUACUUUAGAGAGGAUCACGAGAAACGAGAGUUUGUAUCCGGGGGCGCCGCAUCUGGAGUAUCGGCAGCUUUCGGAGCACCCAUCGGUGGGGUUUUGUUCAGUAUAGAAGAGGGUACUAGCUUUUUCAAUCAAAGCCUCACAUGGAGAACAUUCUUCGCCAGCAUGAUCACUACGUUCACUUUGAAUGUGAUUUUGAGCGCGUACCAUGGACACCCUGGAGAUCUUUCAUACCCUGGCUUGCUGAAUCUAGGAAAAUUCGAAUCGAUUCCUUAUGAAAUCUACGAGAUACCUUUGUUCAUGGUAAUGGGUACGCUCGGCGGAUUAUUCGGCGCUCUUUGGAACCACGUUAAUUACAAGAUUACCUGUUUUCGUUUGCGAUUUGUGACACAAAAGUGGAGGAAAGUGAUCGAGGCUGUCCUUGUGGCGAUAUUAAGCGCAACAGUGGGAUCCUUGAUGAUAUACUUUGUUAAUGACUGUAAACCAUUAGGUAAUGAUCCCACCAAGUUUCCAGUUCAAAUGUAUUGCGCGGAAGGAGAGUACAAUGCGGUCGCCUCUUUAUGGUUUCAAACACCGGAAAGCAGCGUACGAUCCUUGUUUCAUGAUCCUAAAGGAGCACACGAUGAUCUAACGUUAGCCAUUUUUGUCGUCUUGUAUUUUUUUCUCGCUGCCACGACUUUCGGCCUAUCGAUGUCGAGUGGCCUCUUCAUUCCCUCUCUAUUGAUCGGAUCUGCAUGGGGUAGAUUAAUUGGUUCGGGUCUCGCGAAACUAUGCCCAAAUUGCGAAGUACUAGAUCCUGGAAAAUAUGCUUUACUAGGUGCCGCCGCACAAUUAGGAGGGGUAGUUAGAAUGACGAUAAGUUUAACCGCGAUCUUAAUAGAAGCAACUCAGGGAAUAUAUUUUGGUUUGCCCGUCAUAAUAGUCCUUAUAAUGGCAAAAUGGGUUGGCGAUUUCUUUAACGAGGGAAUUUAUGAUAUUCACAUACAAAUGGCAGGGAUUCCAUUACUUCCGUGGGAGUCGCCUCCGUUAUCAAAUAAUAUUUACGCAACUGAGAUAAUGAGUCAUCCUGUUGUAGCUUUGAAGACUGUCGAAAAUGUCGGGCAUAUCGUUGAGCUUUUAAAAUGCGUUACAUUUAAUGGAUUUCCGGUAGUUGAUCCACCAAGUAGCGAUCAGGCUGAAAUAAUUUCAUACGGUCGACUCCGAGGUUUGAUAUUACGCUCCCAAUUAAUAGUGCUCUUAAAAAAUAAGGUAUUUAAUGAGUACGAGGAAUUUUGGGAGAAACCUUUAACCAUAAAUAUGUUCAGAAAUGAGUACCCUAGGUAUCCGACCAUUGAGCAAGUCGCCAUUACUGAUGAAGAAAAAACUUAUACAGUUGACUUGAGACACUUUAUGAAUCCAUCUCCUUAUACAGUGCAACAUUCUGCCACACUGCCAAGAACGUUCAGACUUUUUAGAGCAUUAGGAUUACGUCACGUACCAGUAGUAAAUGAUACUAAUGAGGUAAUUGGCAUUAUCACUCGAAAAGAUGUUGCCAGGUUCAGGAUAUGGAAACAUCGUGGAAGAAUGGGGUUGGAUGAACUUUUAAUCACCAACAAAAUUUAAUACUCUUUUUUAGACCUCUACUUUCUUCAAAUUUUAUCACUUAGAGUUAUGCUUUCUGUUAUAUUUUCAUGUAUUUUAUCAUGUAAAAAUUUUAGGUAUGUAUACAUACACACAUACAUUGUUAUUGAAGCUCGAAAAUAAUUUGGCAAAUUAUGUUGGAAUGCAUAAUUACAUUCAAGAAAGUACAUAAGUCUUUCUAUACUUGUUUGUUUACAAUAUAUAUGUGUAUGUGUGUAUGUAUACCAAGCAAAUUGAAUUACUUGGCUAAUUCUUUGUAAUAUCUAAAUUUUAAUUAUUUACAAAUAUUUCCCACCCAAGCCAUGACCAAA